CUUCGGAGAGUUCAUUUCGGAAGCUCAUUUUCUUGUUUGAGCAAAAUAUUUUGGUUUCGUUACUCAUUGCGUUCUAGAGAAUGAUCAUAAGAUGUUAAUUAAAUUGCUUUUGGUGGCGGUGCUGCCUUGCGUCACGGGAUUUUUGAAAAAAGUCCACAUAGGCGGUCUCUUCGACCAGGAUGACAUUAUCAAAAAAGCAUUUGAAGCUUCAGUAAAGUCGGUGAACAGAGAUCGACGCGAGAACAGAGAGUUUUCAUAUCCAUCUCUCAUACCUGAAUCGCGAACAAUUGAAACGGACGUUUUCGAGGCAUCUCAGAUAGUAUGCGAGCUCCUCGGCACAGGCGUUGCUGGAAUUUUCGGACCCCAGGAUAAAACAAGCGCAGGACAUGUUCAGAGCAUGUGUGACACAAUGGAAGUUCCUCACAUUGCAGUAAGAUGGGAUCCCGAACCAGCUCGGGGAAAAGCAAUCAAUUUGUAUCCACAUGCUGACACAUAUUCUACAGUAUUCUACCGGAUUAUUAAAGACUUCCAUUGGAAAAGUUUUACACUAUUAUACGAGGAUGGUGAUAGUUUAACGCGUAUGCGUAUGUUACUUCAGCGAUGGAGCAAUACAGGAAAUAUUGUCACACUUCGACGAUUGGGUAAAGGUCCAGACUUCAGAAGCGUACUCCGCAUGGUGAAAAAAUCUACCGAUUUCGACAUCAUCCUAGAUUGCAGUUAUGAGAUCUUGCCAGAGGUCUUGAUCCAGGCCCAACAAGUAGGAAUCAUGUCGGAUAGAUACAAGUACAUCAUAACGAAUUUGGAUCUGCAAGCCAUCGAUAUAGAACCUUACCAGUAUUCCGAAGUAAACAUUACCGGGGUACGUUUAAUAGAUCCUGGAGAUCCAGUUGUUCAAGACAUUUUCGGAAACUAUGCUUCAGACUGGGAAUUGGAAUCACCCACUCAGUUACGUGCGGAGCCGGCGUUGAUGUAUGACGCGGUGCAACUGUUUUAUCAAGCUCUUAAGCAACUACAAGAUGCCGUUGAGGGUGACGUGAAGCAACUGUCCUGCGAUGGCUCCCAAAGUUGGGAACACGGGUUCAGUUUGAGCAAUUUCAUGAGACUGGGCGAAAUGAAAGGUUUGACUGGUUUGAUCAAAUUCGACACGUCUGGAUUUCGAAGCAAUUUUCAUUUAGACAUAAUGCAAGUUACUCAACAAGGUUUAGAUAAAGUUGGAACGUGGAACAGCUCCAAUGGGAUCGAGUGGAUACAUAAAACUGUAAUCCCAGAGGAUCCCUCGGAACAAAGUUUGCAAAACAAGACCUUCGUUGUUUUGAUUUCAUUGGCGCAUCCUUACGGAAUGCUGAAGGAAUCGGAAAAAACAAUGUCUGGCAACGACCGAUACGAGGGUUUCGCCGUUGACAUCAUCGAGGAGCUCAGUAAAAUGCUGCACUUCAAUUACACGUUUGAUCACAGGGGCAACGAUAAUUAUGGAUCCCUUAAUAAAAGGACCGGCCAAUGGGACGGAAUGAUGCUUAAGAUAAUGCAGGGUGAAGGAGACCUCGGAAUUACGGAUCUGACGAUCACCGCUGAUCGCGAGAGUGCGGUAGACUUCACCUUGCCGUUUAUGAACUUAGGCAUCAGUAUUCUUUUCAAGAAAGCGACAAAGUCCCCACCGAGCUUGUUCUCCUUCCUGUCGCCGUUUUCCAACGACGUUUGGCUCUACCUCAUCGUGUCGUACAUAUUGGUCUCAUUGCUGCUCUUUGUGAUCGGUCGGCUGUGUCCAGCCGAAUGGAACAAUCCGUACCCUUGUGUCGACGAACCGGAAGAGCUGGAGAAUCAAUUCACUCUGAAGAAUUCGCUGUGGUUCACCAUCGGAAGCAUCAUGCAGCAAGGAUCCGAAAUUGCUCCCAUAGGUAUCUCGACGAGGAUGAUGGCGGGCUCCUGGUGGUUCUUCUGUUUAAUCAUGGUUGCAUCGUACACUGCAAAUUUGGCUGCAUUUCUGACAUUCGAAACUCUCGAAACGCCGAUUAAAAGCGCCCAAGACCUGGCUAAUCAGAACGUCAUUAAGUAUGGUGCCAAGUCCGGUGGUUCCACCUACGCGUUCUUCAGGGACUCCGAAGAUCCCAUCUACCAAAAGAUGUACCAAUACAUGAAGGAAAAUGCUGCCGAGGUGCUGACCAAAACCAAUGACGAGGGUAUCAAUAAAGUAUUGGAUGGAGGCUACGCGUUUUUUAUGGAGUCGUCAUCGAUUGAAUAUGUUCAGGACAGAGAAUGCAACGUAACACAGGUCGGAGAACCCUUGGAUUCAAAGGGUUACGGGAUUGCUAUGAAGAAAAAUUCUCCUUACCGCAACGCACUAAGCAAAGCAGUGCUGAAAUUGCAGGAGGAUGGUAUAUUAACGAAAUUGAAGACGAGGUGGUGGCACGAAAAGCGGGGAGGAGGAAAAUGCUUAGAGACGUCACGCGGCGGCGAGACCAACCCGCUUGGACUGGACAAUGUAGGUGGUGUCUUUCUGGUGCUGGUGGUAGGAGUCGCUUUGUCCUGCCUAUUCAGCAUCACGGAAUUGCUCUGGGACGUAGGAUGUGCAGCGUACAAGGAGAACAUUUCUUUUGUGAAGUUGCUAAUGGAGGAAAUUAAAUUUGUGAUGCAAUUGGGCAAUUCCUCCAAACCAGCCAGAAAAGCAGCAGGAUCGUCCGGAAAGAGCGAAGAGGGCAGCACUAGAGGUUGUACGCCACCUUACGGCUUUGUACCAACUGUUAUAACCACGUCUCCCACUUCUGACAAAUAAUGAUACUCAUGAAAUGUGAUAUGCGAAACUAUUAGUUCGCCCUGCCAGUAUUGAAUAAGAAAAUAUUUGCGCUAUUUUCCUUGGUCGAUAAUAAAACAUGAAUGAUGUAAUUCCUGAAAAGGAAAAAGUUUUCACAAAUGUAACAAGAACGGUUAUUUCACUUUUAAUAACAGUACUAUAAAUGGUAUCUCUAUAUAAUAGUUAAGCGAAAUAAUCAUGAUACGUGAAAUCAGUACACCGUUGGAAACCG